AUGAGCUUCACUCCACCUCCACCUCCAAUGUUUGUUGGUGAAAACUACCACAUUUGGGUAGUUAAGAUGAAGACUUAUCUUCAAGCUCAAGAUUUGUUGAGUGUAGUUGAGAAUGACAUCGAACCACCUCCAUUGAGGGCCAGUCCCACGAUUGCUCAAAUGAGGCAGCAUGCUGAGGAGAGCACCAAGAAGCACAAAUCCUUGGCCUGCCUCACACCUAAGGAAGCAUGGGAGAGGCUGAAGGAGGAGUUCAUGGGAUCAGAUAAAACAAGGCAACAACAAGUGAUCAACUUGAGGAGGGACUUUGAAAACCUGAAAAUGAAAGAGUCUGAGAGCAUUAAGCAAUACUUAGACAGGAUCAUGGCCACUGUCAACAGCAUAAGGCUGCUUGGUGAAGAUUUCAGUGAUAGCAGAGUGGUUGAGAAGGUUAUCACCACACUUCCUGAGAGAUUUGAGUCCAAAAUCUCAUCACUUGAGGAUUUAAAGGACUUGACAACCAUUUUCUUGUCAGAAUUAGUGAACUCCCUUUAUGCCUUGGAGCAGAGAAGGGCCAAUAGGCAGGAAGACCAUCCUAAAGGAGCCUUCCAAGCAAAGGCCAAAGAGAAAUCCAGCACAAGUCAAAAAGAAAAGAAGCCUUGGCUUGACAAAAGGGACAAACCAAGGAGAGAUUCAGGCAAGAGAAAAUUUCCACCAUAUGUCCAUUGCAAGAAAACCACACACUCUGAAAGGUUUUGCUGGUUUAGGCCAGACAUACAAUGUAAGAGCUGCAAGCAAUUUGGCCAUGUUGAGAAAGUUUGUAAAAACAAACCAAAGGCACCAGCACAGCAGCAGAUCCAAGCCCAAGCUGCUGAGGAUCUUUAA